AUGGCAGAAGGAAGAAAUCAUCUUUCAGUAAUUCCAGAAAAAGCCAGUUUUUAUAUCCUUGAUGGAAUGGACUUAUUUUCCACAGGAACCUGUGUGUCCCCGACUCUGCAUCCCCCAGUUCCUUGUUGGACUCCCUUCUGCUUCAAAUGUAAAUCUGAGCCCCAGGAGGAAGUGGGAGCCAGAAGCUCUUGGCGACAACUAAGAAGUGACAAGCAUGAAGGUAAAGCCAAGGACUGGAGUGCGGAGGAGGGAAAACAGAGCUGGCAUUUCCAGCAGCUUGAUCCAGUCACUGCAUCGCCCCAGGACCGCCUGUGCUGGACUUCCUGUGAUGGGAGGCAAAUAAACUCUCUCUGUUCAGGCCACCAAAAAGUGGGAUUUUCUGCUACUGAUGGCUGA